AGACGCAACGGGGUACGAUGCCUAUUCGACGAGCCGCGAUUUGACGUCUGGCUGCGUUUGUCGGCACCACUUUCACAUGCUCGGCCACAUCCGCAGCAUCGAGCGUCGUCUUCUCGCGGCGCCACCGUGUCGGCCAACGGUUGGCGCUGGUCCGUCAAGAGGCGGCAUCCACUGGCGCCACGCCGCGUCCAGACACCUCACUCCGCCUCGCUGCCUCAGUCCGGCCAGACUCGGCCAUCCUCGAUCGCCGAGCCUCGACGACGCUAUCGAACGGUCGCCAGGUCUACCGGGCAUGUGCAGCCGCGGGCAUCCCUGCUAUCCCCUGACGACGUGUCAGUCCGGCCAUCCGUCGGGCCGAGCUGGGUUUGUUCGGCCAAAAGGAGGUGGACUCGCGCUGUCCAGACUCAUGCAGCCCCAGCGACCGGCCUGCACUCGACCUUGGGGGCUGGACAUGCGUCUCUUUGCCCCGUGACGACUGCGUCUUCAGCUCGGCCUCUUACUCGGACCGGCCAUCGCGAUUGGUACCACCAACAGAACCAGUCGCCGCGAACCGCGCCAACAGCCGGUCGUCCGCAGCACUCCACCGCUUUUCACACCCGCUUUGAUCGCUUCUCUCUAUCAUCCACUUCGUCUUUGCCUUUGUCCUCCAGCCCUCCUGUCUCAGCCUCGUCUCGGCUCAACUCGACGACCCCUCUUCACCUGCCCCUCGCCUCGAGCCGUCAAUCCUUGACCCGACGACCUCACUACCUCCGGCCAGGCUUACAUUCGCAAUCUGUCCGCCUCCUCCAUGAUUCGGCCGUCUUCAGCCCCUCCAAAUCGCAUCACUUCAAAAGACCUCUUAAACCCUCUCGGUUUGUACAACUCUCGUUUAUGCCUUGCCCUUGA